AGGAGGUCACACACUCGGCGCUGCGCCUCCAGUCUGCUCCCAGCCUUUUUCCGGCCCAGCCCCCUCGCCUUCGCUUAUAUUCGCACCCCACUCCACUCUUCCCUCUCUUUGUCGCCAACACAAGCUACACACUGGCCUGAGGCUUUGUCUUGGGAAGGCGCUCGUGGUCUCGGGUAAUCGCGACAAGGUCCCUGCCACCGGCCAUGGACAAGAAGCAGGGCUUCUUCUCGGCGCUGCGGGAGGAGGUGGCCCGUGGGCUGUCGCCGGCGCGGGCGCGGCGGAGGGCCGAGGAGGUGGCGGCGGCGAAGGCGGCACUGCGGUACGCGGGGGGCGGCGGCGGGGAGGCGCUCGCGCCGCUCAUGGAGGGCCCGGAUCCGGAGGAGGCCGCCGGCGGCGACGGCGCCGGCCGCGCGCGCAGGGACGGGUGGGGGCGCUGGGUGCGCGGCCAGCUCGCGCGCGCGCCGUCGUCCGGGCCGGUGGCCUCCGCCGGCGGCGCCAGCGCGGCGAGGCGGAAUGACCUGAGGAUGCUGCUCGGGGUCAUGGGCGCGGCGCUCGCGCCCGUGCAUGUCUGCGCGGCCGAGCCGCUCCCGCACCUCAGCAUCAAGGACACCCCCAUUGAGACUUCGUCGGCGCAGUACAUUCUGCAGCAGUAUCUGGCUGCCUCCGGCGGGCAGAAGCUCCUCUCUUCAGUCCGCAACUCGUAUGCCAUGGGGAAGGUGCGCAUGGUGGCUACCGAGUGCGAGACAGCUGGUCGUGUCGUGAGGAACCGCAUGGCGGCGCGCUGUGCUGAGCCUGGACGGUUCGUGCUGUGGCAGAUGGCUCCGGAGAUGUGGUACAUUGAGCUGGCUGUUGGUGGGAGCAAGGUGCACGCCGGAUGCAACGGCAAGCUCGUCUGGCGCCACACCCCAUGGCUUGGUGCACAUUCUGCCAAGGGACCUGUCCGCCCUCUCCGCCGCUCGCUUCAGGGCCUGGAUCCUUUGACCACAGCGAGCAUGUUUGCUGGUGCACGCUGCAUUGGAGAGAGGAAGGUGAAUGGGGACGAUUGCUUCAUUCUGAAGCUGUGUGCUGAUCCUGAGACGCUAAGAGCACGCAGCGAGGGGCUCGCGGAGAUCAUCCGGCAUGUCCUCUUUGGGUACUUCAGCCAGAAGACCGGGCUUCUUGUCCACCUCGAAGAUUCUCAUCUCACUCGAAUUCAGUCCACAACCGGAGGUGAUGCGGUUUACUGGGAGACUACCAUCAAUUCAUUCAUCGAGGACUACCGGCCGGUGGAGGGGAUAAUGAUUGCACAUUCUGGGCGCUCGGCCGUGACCCUUUUCCGUUUCGGAGAGGUGGCCAUGAGCCACACCAAGACUCGCAUGGAGGAGGCAUGGAGCAUCGAGGAGGUCGCGUUCAAUGUUCCCGGUCUCUCCAUGGACUGCUUCAUCCCACCCACUGAUAUCAAGUCUGGGUCCAUCAGUGAGACUGUUGAGCUUCCGCAGAGUGGGAAGAGCAAGGCCGGCGGUCUUCUCCCAUGCCAUGGUGCCAAGGUUGCUGCUCUAGAGAAGGCCGAUGAUAAUGUUGCGUGGAGCGGAGCCCUGCAGCGAGAUUGCAAGUGAUUUCCUGGUCUGUUCAUACUGCUGCUUGCAGUACUACUGACUCAUUUUGAUGAAUGUAGGGUAGAAAGAGAAGGGCUAAAGGAGGAUUUGGAUCUUUGAAAUUCCAAAUGCCCCCUGUAAAUAGGGAAGGUUAAGCAGCCACAUGGUCUUCCUCUUCCAUAUCCCUGACCCUGAGGAGAGGCCCUGUGUGAAGAAUCCUUUCUGAUCUCAUUCAGAGAUAUGGUGUAGUAGGUAGUCUUUCUGGUUUUUUUUUGCCAGUGCCUGUGGAAGAAGAACCAGGGGUGUUCUCCUCCAUCCAGCCACAUGAUUAACCAUCAUGGUGGUGGCGCUGCUGUUUCCUUGGUAGCAAUACUAAUUAUCAGAGGCCAGCGAGGAAGAAGGACUUCUUCGUCGGCAACCGAGAGUGAUUUCAUCGUUCCCAAUUAGCAGUCCAGUGUGCUUUGGUUUGUGAUAGUCUCUGGUCAAACUAACUUUUAGGGGAGACUGGAAGGUCCAGAGUGGUUGUUGCUCUUAUUUUAAUAGUGUUCCAUAUCAUGGGUCUGUCUAGCUGUUUUUUUCUUUUCUCCCUUUCUCCUUCACACAUCUCUCUUUAUUUAGUAUGAGAUGGUGGUGAUUGUAUUUUACAGGAGCUGCUGAUGUAUGCCAAAAACUUCUAUGAAUGGAUUGAGGUGUUUUUCCGUUUGUGCA